CAUCACAGAUAGGGUUGGUAAACCUGAGUAUGAGCAAAAACCACAUGGAAAAGGUACUGAUGAUCAGUGGGAAGAGGUGAAAGUAUUAAGAGACAGAGAAGAACGACAGAUGAGAAGCGCCACAAAACGGAGAUGCGGACGUUUUAGAAAACAUUCGGCAUGGAUCGAGCUCCAUGUUCGCCCGUGAAAGUGAUGCGGUAUAUCCGCGAUUAGGGGAUACAAAUCUCGUGUCUAGUGGGAGGACGUUGAAUAGUUUGUAUGCGUUAGUUUGUGAGUCAGUAUUUGGAACCGGUCGUUUCGAGAGUGGCAAGGUUAGUUUAAGGGUGUGUAAUCUCUCGGCGUGUCAGAAAGUAGCGUGGCGAAACGAUUUUUGGUUUGGUCUCGGUGCACGAGGAAAUCUUGGUAAAAACCGAUCGCGACAACACGAAGUAAUACAAUUUAAUCGAAAGAAGAUAUCGGAAAGAACGACGGAGAAGAGAAUACUAAUAACAAAGGCAAAAAUAAUAACGUUAAAAGUGGUGGCGAAGGCGGCGACAACGACAACGACAGUGACGGCGACGACAGCGGUGGCGCAAGGUGUGAGGACGAGGUGAAUGCACGGCGGCCGCGGUGUGUGCCAGUGGUGUGCGCGCUCGUCGCUCGUGGAAACCCGCCAAAACCCGCGGCCGCGAACAACCACCAGCAAGAGCAGCAACAAUAGCAAUAACAACAGCAGUAGAAGGAAAAGGAGAAGGAGGAGGAGGAGAAGGAGAAGGUGGAACAGCAUUAGCAGUAGUAGUAGUAGUAGUAGUGGUAGCAGCAGCAGCAGCAGGAGCAGAAGCAGCGGUAACGCGCGACGUUGUGCUGUUUUGACAACUUUCCGCCGCGUCGGGGCGUCGCGCCGUUUCUCUCGCGGCGGCGGCGGCAACAGCAGCAGAGACAACAACAACGGAUCAACUCGUUUUAAGAAGGUCGUUCGUGACGGCGGUUACAGUUGCGACUGCUGACCCCUCAGCCUAUACGACGACGACGGCGGUGGCGACGACGACGGUGGUGGCGCUGCGUUGUUAUUAUUUUGCCGCGGUGCUUUUGACCCUACAAACCGGGCGAGUUCAUUGCAGCGCUUUCGCGGGGGUGUCAGCCAGUUUUAUUACUCCGGCCUUCUCCGUCCGCAGCAGCAGCGCCGACGGCGCCAGAACCAUACCACGACGUGGUAUAUGCAGCAUGUCUACUAGUGUAUGUACUUGAUCACACCAAUAAUCCAGGCACGUUGAACCGCCUAUUCAUAGGGCGAGAAGUUGCCGACAACUUCUGAACAUUGACUUAGUGCGAUAUCUUGACCGAGUCAACUGAAAAGAACUACAGUGACGUUGCGACUGAUUGUGAGAAAGGACGCGACGAACCACGUGAUAUACCUGUCGUCGGGCCGCGUCAUGCAAAGCAUGCUCGACUCCCUGAUGGCCAUAACCUGAAUUGAGCCGAUUUGACCCGAUUAAACCCGAUUCAACGUAGUCGCAGUUGAACGAACAAGCAAACGAACGAAUGAAAGAAAACAAACGGUAGCCAUUGACUUUUUUCGUCUUUCCUCGUGCUUGCGCUCUCGUUAUUCUCUCUGCUGUUUUUUCCUUGUGAUAAAGAACACGCUACCGCUUUUUGCGAUUAACAUGAGGAUGUUCGCUUGUGAGUAACAAGUGUAUUAUGCUUUGAUGGUAUUAUUCGUCUAGUGUGAAAACAAAGUAAAGAUUUAAUCACAGGAAAAAGAUCAGUCAGUCUGCUUCUAACAGGUGACUAGUUGAACAAAUGGACGGAUUGAUCGCGAUACGUAUACUGUUUCUCGUUCGUUUAGUGUUCUCUCAUAACGGUGUUAACUUGAAAUAAUCAUGCUAUGGAGCACUGUGCACUUAGUGUCAUUGAUACAGUGUCGGUAUAGUGUCAACCGUUACGUGUAAUUGUCUGAAGGUGGUGGCGUGGGAGUCCGACAUUUUAACCGCUCGUAUUCACGAAAAGAUACAAGUGUCCACGUGUGAAAUACGGUCGCCACUCAGGCCCGUGAGAAUCACAAGUCGAGCUUAUCAACAAGAUUUUUUAGUGUCUUCUCUGAUAAGAAACUUACUAUGCGUGUGGUUAAUAUUUGAUUUCAUGGUCACGAUCUAUUUAUUUUUCCAUUUUCGUGACCACACCGUUCAUUACCAAAGAAAAAGGUGUCAAGCACGUUUCUUACGUCGCACAGUGGGUUAUUUGCUCGAUCUAGUUGGACAAAAAUCAGUUUCAUUAAACUCAUUACAGGACCAUCUUGGGUUAAAACAAUGACUCGAAGAGAUAUAUAUCAAAGAGAAAUAUAUCAAAACAUAUUUCAUAUAAUGCAACAAAAAUAACAUUGUAAUAUUAAUGAAAAAUUAAAAUUUGUCAAAAAUUACAUUAUGAGUCAUGAAGAAUACUUGGAGGAUUAGACCAAGAAAAUUAAAAAUAAAUUUCCAUAUAUAAAGUCCGAAAUAAAACAUACAUUUUGUACAUAUAUCUUUGUUAUAUUUAAUUGUAUGUACAUAUUAUUAUAUUUAUCGAUAAUAACAAUUAAACCAUUAAAAACACAUUCUAAUGAUUUUUUAUCUUUAAAUUGUUUUAAUUUUACCACAAAUAAGUCAGUAAUCAUGUUGUCGAUCAAGCAAAUAACAGAAGUAAUUUUGACCAGCUAAAUUGGAAAAACAUCCCACUGUGUCAAUUUAACAAUUUUAAGAAAGAGUAAAUGAUGGAAAUUAUGUAAUUUUGUUUAAUAGCAGAAGAAAGGAAAUUAUAAUUUUUAGAAAUCAGUGUGUCUAUUGACAAGUUAACAGCAUCGUUGAAAAAUAUCUGUGCUUUGUAGUGAAGUGUUGGAUGGUAUUUUAUCAAGUGUCUAACAAUGAAAAAUACCUGACAUCAACAUCACAAAGAUCAUGGAAGUUGAUAGUGAAAUUGAAUGAGAAUUCGUUUCGUCGAAAAGUGGAAUUUACAGCGUAAGACGACAAGUGAACUGAUAGCAGCAAAAAAGAAGAAAAUAAAGAACUGAACGUAUCGUUGUUGAAAAUUGAUAAAAUUAGUUAAAAGGACAGAAAGGGGUUUAGGAACAAAAAGGAUUAUACGAGGGGAGAGUAUCGGAAAGCGAGUGUACACAUUCGUGGAUUGCGUAAUAAAAAGGGAGAGAGAGAGAGUGAAAAAGAAAAAAACUCAGUGUGUUUGUAAAUAAGAGUUAUUUUUCGUAUGAGGGAAAAGGAGCUACAUCGACGUCGAAACGAGGAGAAACGAGUGAGAAGACGUUUAAAAGUCCUUGAACGAAAGAAGGUUCGGAGGACUUUCUCUCUCUCUCUCUCUCUCUCUCUCUUAGAAGGAUAUACGAAGGUGAUAAAACACUGGUAACAGAGGAUAAGAAAGAGGUGAAUGAAGGAGAAAGAAAUACAGUGUCACAAUUAUUAUCGAGCCUUUUUUCUAUAGCCUUCAUUCAAAAUCAAUCGUGUUUCUUCCACUUCUAGAAGAAUAUUAUUCGCGAAGAGUGACUAGUUUAGAUUUGAAAAGACUGAAAAAAUUUUCACGGGAAGCAAGAGAGAGAGAGAGAGAGAGAGAAAGAGAGAGUGAGCGUAUAAACGGAAGUAA